AGAGAGAGAGAGAGAGAGAGAGAGAGAGAGAGAGCUCCCAUAUCACUGCCGAGCCGCAGAGUAAAAGCCACUCUUCAUUGCCAGCUCCCGCCUGCGUGCAGUCGACGUAACUUUUUUUUUUAAAGCAACUCCCCUUCGGAUGUGUAGGUUGUGUCCUUUGUCCACGGUUCGGGCUCGUCGCUGGGUGUAUUUUACGCCUGCUACGUUAGUAGCUGGGACAACCAAACGAGAUGGGGGCGAAGUAGGUGGAGAUAAGAGUGAAGGUUGGACUGUCUGUACUGCAGUGACGGUGGGAAGCCUUGGUUGUGGUAUGCGGACUAAGUAGCUAGGAAGCAAGGAUACGAGUGAAGAGGGAAAACGCUGAGUUAAGUGUAACUGCAUUCUCGCCUGCUGUGAAGUGAAUGUUUGAACUUGCAGUGUGUUUUAUACACGACUGCUACCUGAUUGCUAGCUAGAAGCUACAUUGAACAGAGGGAGAGGGAGAGAGGGGGGAAGGAUAAACUUUCCAGCCUGACGCAGAACCGCAGACAUGCAGUUGACAGAGAUCCUUGGUUCAGGAACCUUCCUGAUCCUGCUCCUUGUCCCGUGGUCCGACAGCCUUUCCUUGUCCCCGGAAGAAGCUAACCAGUUCUUGAGGAGACACAGGAGAGCGAAUCACGUUUUCGAGGAGACGAAACAAGGGCACCUGGAGCGAGAGUGUGUGGAAGAGAAGUGUAGCAAAGAGGAGGCGAGAGAAGUAUUCGAGAACGACCCUGAAACAGACUACUUCUUUCCAAAGUACUUAGCGUGCAUGGAGAAGUUUGGGGACACGGACAAGAAGAAACAAGACCUGAUCACCUGUGUUCACAAUAUUCCAGACCAGUGCUCUCCGUCUCCCUGUAAUCCUCGAGGUACGGUGCGCUGUGAGGACCAAAAGGGCGGCUUCCUCUGCCACUGCUUCACUGGCUGGACAGGAGUCCGUUGUGAGAAAGAUGUCAAUGAGUGCAACAAGAGGAAUGGAGGAUGUGACCACGAGUGUAACAACACUAUGGGUAGCUACCAUUGCUCCUGUCGCCGCGGUUACAUGCUGGUCGGACGCCAGAUGUGUAACGACGUGGAUGAGUGCCAGGAUCCAGGUAUGUGUGGGACAGCAAGGUGUGUGAACCAGGAUGGAGCCUAUGACUGUCUGUGUGAGACAGGAUACGUUUACGACAACAACACCAAGACCUGCCUAGAUGUGGAUGAGUGUGAGCAGGGAGUGUGUGAGGAGUGUGUGAACACACCCGGUAGUUUCCGGUGUUUCUGUGACGGUCGGCAGGGCAAGAAGUUGAGCCACGACCUCAGGAGCUGUCAGGAGAUCACUACAUGCGUCUCUCUCACCAUGAAGAGGAACUCCCGUUCUCUCUACCUGGGCCGAAUGUUCAGCGGAGUCCCAGUGGUCAGGCUACGCUUCCGCAGGAGAGUCCAGACUGGCUUCUCAGCUGAGUUUGACCUCCGUACCUUUGACCCAGAGGGGGUCAUCUUCUUCGCUGGUGGUCACCUGAACAGUUCCUGGAUUGUUCUUGCAAUGCAUCAUGGGAAACUGGAGCUGCAGCUGAGGUACGGGGCGGUCAGCCGGGUCACCAGCAGUGGGCCUGCCGUCAACGACGGACAGUGGAGAAAGAUCUCAGUGGAGGAGCAGGGGCGGAGUCUGGUGAUUAAGAUUGACAGGGAGGCAGUGAUGAAGAUAGCUGUGAAUGGAGAUCUGUUCACCCUGAAGAAAGGCAUGCAUGAACUCAACCUGACUGUAGGGGGCGUCCCUUUCAAAGAGGACAGUCUCAUCAACCAGGUGAACCCGAGGUUUGAUGGCUGUAUGCGUGAGUGGCGCUGGUUAACCGGAGAGGAUACGUCCAUUCAGGAGACCAUCAGGUCUAAUGACAACAUGCAGUGUUUCAGUACAGAACAGCCCGGAACCUAUUACCCUGGGACAGGCUUCGCUCUGUUCAACAUCACAUAUGCAGAGUCCCAGUCUCUGAGUAUCCAGCUGACUCUGAGACCAGCCUCCACUGUUGGGGUUCUAUUGGCCCUGGUUUAUCAGGACAGCGUCCCUCUGUCCAUCUCUCUCUCCGACUACCACAGAGACAACCAGGAGUGGCGGGAGUAUGUCCUGGUCUCUGUGGGUGAUGUGAUCGUGGCCAGCGCCCCGGCCUUCCUGUGUGAUGCAGAGGUUCAUGAGGUCAAUGUGACGGUCAGUGGGAACAUGACCAUACUAGAGGUGGACGGUCAGCCUGGACAGAGUCACACCACACCUGGACAGGAGACGGUUGACCUCAGCCUGCCUUCAACCACCUUUAUAGGAGGGCUCCCCGACGUGCCCCUGGUGUCGACCCUGGUGUCGUCGUUCUACCGCGGCUGCAUGGAGGUGACGAUCAACGGCCUGGCUCUGGACCUGGACGAGGCCUUCCACAAACACAACGACAUCCGCUCCCACUCCUGCCCUCUGCUGGGGGGGGCCUUGUGACCGCUGCAGUCCCCUUCAGCCCCGUCCUCACUGGAGC